ACCUCUUUCUUCAGUGCACAUUUUCAGAGCAGUUUUUUUGUGUGCUUGCGUUCUUCCUCAGAGUGAGAAAGGUCGAAAACGAGUAGCGAUACCAGGUGUAGCACAGGUUAGCAGCGGUUCUGAGACUUGUUUCGUUCCGCCCAUAACACGCCCAUCUUCUCGCAAUAAAUAGCGCCAGUCAGACCGAGGUGCCCUCUCCUUGCUCCCCGCCCUUACCUGCUCCCAGGACCGAGGUGCCUGGUCUACCCUGCCCGGUGUUAACUGAUAAUGGAGACAGAAAUUGAACAAGAAGAUACCUCAUUCAGCAACACAGAGACCAACGGUAAGCGUCCCGCGGAGGACGCUGAUGAGGAGCAGUCCUAUAAACGCUCCAGGAACACAGAGGACAUGGUGGAGCUCCGCAUACUCCUACAGAGUAAAAAUGCAGGAGCCGUGAUUGGGAAGGGUGGUAAAAACAUCAAAUCCCUGCGCACAGACUUCAAUGCCAGUGUGUCAGUCCCAGACAGCAGUGGGCCUGAGCGCAUUCUGAGCAUCGGUGCGGAAAUCGAGACUGUUGGAGAGAUCCUGCUCAAGAUCAUCCCUACUCUGGAGGAGUACCAACAGUACAAUGGGAUGGACUUUGACUGUGAGCUGAGGCUGCUGAUCCACCAGAGCCUGGCAGGCAGCAUCAUUGGUGUGAAGGGAGCCAAGAUCAAAGAGCUACGAGAGAACACCCAGACCAACAUCAAGCUGUUCCAGGAGUGCUGUCCCCAGUCCACAGACCGAGUGGUUCUGGUCAGCGGCAAGUCUGAGCGUGUCGUCGAGUGCAUCAAGAUCAUGCUGGAUCUCAUCGCUGAGGCUCCCAUAAAAGGGCGCACCCAGCCCUACGACCCCAACUUCUACGACGAGACAUACGACUAUGGUGGCUUCACCAUGAUGUUUGAGGAGCGUGGGGGUGGUGGUGCCGGUGGUGGGCGGCGCCCCAUGGGGGGCUUCCACAUGCGAGGGGGACGAGGUGGCGGAGGAUUUGACCGGAUGCCCUCAGGGCGAGGGGGUCGAGGUGGGCCCAUGCCCCCCGCCCGCAGGGAAUAUGAGGAGAUGAGCCCCCGCCGUGGACCCCCACCACCCCACCCAGGAAGAGGGGGAAGGGGGGGGAGCCGUGGCCGCAACCUGCCCCUGGCCCCACCCCAAAGAGGAGGAGGAGAUGAUCAUUACUCCUAUGACUCCUAUCGGGGCAGUGCAGAUGACAGACAAAACAGUGACAGAAGAGGGAGACCAGGAGAUCGCUAUGGCGAUAACAUGGGUGGAGGUGGAUAUGAUAACAGCUCGUCCUGGAACUCCUAUCAGUCUGGUGGACGCGGUUCCUAUAAUGAUAUGGGAGGGCCAGUCAUCACCACACAAGUGACGAUCCCCAAAGACCUGGCCGGCUCCAUCAUCGGUAAGGGAGGCCAGAGGAUCAAGCAGAUCCGGCAUGAGUCUGGCGCCUCCAUUAAGAUCGAUGAGCCAUUGGAGGGUUCAGAGGACCGCAUCAUCACCAUCAGCGGCACCCAGGACCAGAUCCAAAACGCUCAGUACCUAUUGCAGAAUAGCGCACUGCACCUGCUCGGACACCAGGACUAACCCUCGCCUCAGACUACGCCCACAUCCCGUGCUCUCCCUGUCUCUGACUCUCAUCCCCCUCUCCCACCCCCAAUCCCUCCCUCCAUCUAUAUAUAUAUAUAUAUAUAUAUAUAUAUAUAUCAUCUUAAUUGACUCCUGUGAUUUCUCUUUUUUUUUUUUUUUUUUUUACUCUUUAUAUUUCAGUGUGAAGCAGUACUCUGGUCAGUUCCUCUAAACCCAGGAGACACAGAUUGAAGCAAAUCCCCCACCCCCCCCAUCUUAUUGUCCCGGUUUGUGGGAAUUUUGUUAAUGUUUUAUUUUUUAAAGGGCCAACAUUCCUGUGCUUAAUGUAGACGUUCUGCAUUUUUAGUGUAGUUCUCUACUCCUCCAUCUCUUAUCUGUAUUUUUAAAACACACAUUUGUCUAAAUAUUUGGAGUCCGAUAGACAAGUGAACAUUAUCUAAUUUUUUUGGAUGGGUUGAUUUCUAUGGUGUGUGUGUGUUUGUCAGUGGAGUAAGCCUGUCCCGUGUGUGUUCUCUUUCUGUUUGCGUUGGAGUUUCUCACCCACCCCCCUUACCACCACUCAGUGCAACGUGCAGAAUGUAAGCUUUUUUGUUGUUGUUAUAAGGAACAUUUUAUGAUUUUUUAAAAAUAAAUGUAGGAAAUUGAA